ACCAAUUCACAACCUUCUCAAACACACUGUCAACGGAAACCUAAGUUGUGCCCCUCUACCUUUUCCUAGUGCCGCUACCAAAAAUGCAUACCAUAUCUACCAAAUGCUGGCGAGUUUUGUAUCGGGACCGAGUUUCGUCAGCUUUAGUAUUUUUUUUCUUUCACUUUUUCCAUUUUUUUAGCAUGAUCACAAUUGAACCCAAAUCCAUGGAUAUCCAACCUUAUUUGAUCCGGUCAAAGCGACUUGAAACCGACUUUAUUUUUUUCUUUUGGUUGGGAAGACAAUUGAACGUGAAUCUAAGGUAUUGACUAGUAUUGUAUUGUGAGCGAGUUUAUCCGUUUUGUAGUUGGCAGGUUGGACCAAGUGUUAAUUUGUUAAAAAAUUGCUCAAAGCGCGUUGAACACGUUGUUGACCAGUUUUAUAUCGAAGCGAGUUUUGUAUCCUUUAAUGUUUUUUUUAGUGGGCAAGUGAUCGUUACUCACCUUUUUGUAGUUUACGACUAACUAGCUAAUCGCAUCUUUGAAAGGAAACAUGGAACUGGGGAAGGUGAAAGAAGCAAUACCAUUAUUAGUGAGCGAAGAACAAGCAACAGAUAACACAGAGGGCAAGGCACACAAUUUGUGGGCUAUGCCAUUAUUCAUUUGCACCUUAUCGACUACUAUGUUAUUUUUUCUCAUGGGGUUCAUAGAAUUUAAGAAAAUCCUUACUGACCGACCAAUUUUGGCUGUUUUUUUUAUCAAUUUCAUAUAGUAAUGGUGACGGUCUUUCCUCUUUUCCUAGUCGUGAUUGCCCUUCAGUUGGGUAAAACGGCUCCAGGAUGUGUCUGGGGAUAUCGUGCUAGGUCCGCUGACCUUAUCAUUGUCAUCCUCAUCUCUCUAAUCGUUGGAUAUUGUUCUUCUGACAAUCGUAUUAGGAUGAACAUGUAUAUGGUGUUUGUAUUGGUAGCUUUAAAUAUCCAAACCCACUUCUUCGUUAAAUGUAGAUGGAAGGUUUUGGAUUAUGGUGUGAGCGACAUAAUGGUGGCAAUCGUGAUGCAGAUAUUUGCUUUCUACAAUGUGAUUAUGCUCCUUCAUGGAAAGUCCACCCUGCAAAGCUACGGAUUGGGAUUUACUAUCACCGCAUAUUCUUCGUCACGAUGGUGCCUUGUGGAGUAGCAGUGUUUUACACAUUCUCUACUGAUCCAGUUUUAGAUAGACUUGAAGAUCUUCAAAAUUUUAUUUCUUGUGGUUAGUUUGGAAUAUCUAUUCUCGAGUCACUUUUUUAGUAUUACCUAAAUUCGUCGGUACGAUCACGAAACAUGGCCAGCGGCGGAUCCAGGACAUAAAAGAGCACUGGGCCGUAUUUGAAUAAAAUAUUAGAUACCAUAAACAAAAAUAUAUAAUAAUAUAGUUUUCAUUACAACGUCAAUUGUACAAGAAGGUAUUUUAAUUUAGCAAAUUUAUCAAUAAUAUAAUCUCCAUCCAUACUGUCAUACUGAUAAUAUACUCUUUUUAAAAGAAAAUAGCUAAGUAAUCAACGAGAAUUUCAUCGCUCAUUUUGUUGCACAAAUCAAUGUUCAUGUUCCAUUGCUGAAAAUAUUCUCUUCAUGGUAGUUGUUGAAACGGCUAGGUCAACACUAGACAAAUCAACCGACAAAUCAAUUUGUAUUCUGUGUCCAUCCCUAUUUCCUCCAGCUUCUCUAAUAAUUUUGCAAGAGAAGAAACUUCAUCUUCCUCAUAUGAGCAGUGCAUUCUCCAAAGAAUGCAUCUCAUAGCCUUCUAAGUCUCGAGGCUAAACUCUUGAGCAAGUUUGUAAUAUUUUCUUCAUCAAAACACCAGAAAGAACGGUUAGAAUCUAGUGCCCCACUCAAUUGAGGCAAUCUAAAUGGCGACUCAGCAAGUUUGUAAAUAUUUUCUUAAUCAAAAGAAUGGAAAGAAAACCAGCUCGACGGGCUGACAGAGAAAUUCAUUUUGGGUCUGCUCGUCUCCUCGUUUCUUGUUUUGUUUUGGAGGAUUGGGAAAUUUUUUGAAUUUGGCAAGGAAGGGUGUGCUUUACUUUAGAGUUUUUUAUUUUAUUUUAAUGAAACUUUACACUUUUAGGUUUUCAUGUCAUUUUUCAAAUAAAAUCAUUGGGGCUAUAGAAAAUUUAGUAUAAAUUUAGAGUAAUGGCUUGGAUAUGUUCAUCCGAACCAUUUUCCUAGUUACACAAAAUCCUAUUAUCAAACAAAAGUAGACAGAAUUUUAAAUAGCACUGGACCAAAUAGCUAACUCAAAAAAUUUUAUAAGCACUAAACUAACUUUGGAACCGGAGGAGGGCUGGGCCGGGGCCUGGGUUGGCCCAGCCCUUGAUCCGCCACUGAACAUGGCCCUCUUGUUUUACACAUUCUCAUCUCGUGACACGACCAUGGAUGUCUCAUUCAUAACAAUGGUCCUCUCGCUAACUUAACGAUUUGGGCUUAAAAUCAAGAUCCAUAAGACCUAAUUUAAAUAACUUUAAUUUUUAUAAUUAAACGCUUCUCAUAAAAAGUAUGAAUUAUCCUGUAAAUACUCAAUGUUUACUGGUGUAACUUGGUAGGGGUGAACAAUACCAAUAAGGUUGCAGCAAAUUGAAUUCUUGAAAACUAUCUGCUGCUUUAAAUUGUUUAAGGCAGAUUGCAAAUUAUAUAUAUAUGCAACUAGUGGAUCUACUUUUUCUAGCCCAACUUGGCAGGGGAAUAGUUGACAUUGGAACAUGCAUUAGCUGUUAGAGUCUCCAUCAUGGAACACCUCAAUCAGUACGUUGACUUUUGAUUCAAUCUAGCAGCCCUUGUCAUUGAGGGCUGUUGGAAUCAUGGCUUUUAUUUGGAAGGGUAGCUUCCAAAUGCCAACGCCUAAGCAAUCAUGAAUUCCUUUUUGUUUGGUAACCUAAUGAACAACGCCAUGAAUACGACAGUAGUUAGUACUAAGUAGCUUGCAUAAGCACAACAACAUUGUUUAUGCGGUAACAUGGCACUUAAUCAUCGCACUCGAAUAUGUAACAAACUAUAUGUAUAUAUAUAUAUAUACUCUGCUCCUGACAAGCAAGGUUUGAAUUCCUUCCGCUUGCUGGCUUUCCCCAUGAUGAUAAGGAAGUCGGCCGCCAUCGCGCUGUUGCUGGUUCUGCAUCUUCUUGCUGCUGAUAUUCCUUCAUCAUCUGCCCUCCGUCCUUAUGGCUGUUGGGUGACUUCACUGCAAGCUCAUUACGGGAGAGAACAAAAUGGUGGUAGGAAGGCUGGAAAUGGUGGAGAUACUGAGUUUCAGGGCAAGAACUAUGCGGCCUUCCGGAGCUUAAGAACAAUUUUGCCCAAGAGAGCGCCACCUCCACCGAUUGUUAAUAAGAAGAAGUCGUACAAUGCAUUUUCCACCCCGUCCUCCUAACGUCUGAUGAUGUGGUGAACAAUGGAUUUGAUUGAUUUCCCCAGUUUAUGAUGGAUGCUUAUAGAACAUUUACUACCUACUGUAUGUAUACUGCUGUACACAAAAUAUGCAUAAAGAACAGUUUUACUUUUACAACCCCUUCAAUCUGCUCUCAAGGCUGAAUUACCAGCUUGUGCAACCUCAAAUGGAUGUUUAAUGUGCUGCACAAGACCAUCAAUGGAAACCCCUGCAUUCCCAUGGAUCCUUUUCUAUCUUUCCAUUCAAAGGAAAGCUCACUGUCAAGUUCCACACCAGCCCUCCAACUUUAGCCAAAGUAUUCUUCCGUGCAAACCUACGAACAGCUCAGGGAACUUACCUUCACGGCCAUCUGCAAGCCUGUAUGCAAAAAUUCAGCAGAAUAUCCACAUUGAAAGAGUAAGUGUGCCUCAACAGACAAACAUCAUUUUCUACUUUACCCCAUAGCCAGAGCUUCUCCGCUAUUGCAAUCCUGUUUUUGAUCAGUAGCUAAUGAAUAAAGCUAUGCCUCUAUAUCUGAUAGUUCAGCCAAAAACCAAAGACGACCAUGAAACAGGGGAAGCUACUGGCUGUGGCUUGCAUCCGGCCAAACAGGACUUACUCAGUACUUACUUAGUCAUUCUUCUAUCAUUGCCGAAGACCUGAGUACCCCAACAAAGUGACAAAUCUCUCAACCUUAUCCCUGAUUUUCAGAAGUUUUCUAUUCCAGAUACAAGAACAUCAGCUACUAGCAUUCAGUUCCCAAAAGGAACCACCCUUUAUUCUGUAACGAUAUGUCUAGGCUACCUACCAUAAACCUCCUCUGCUUAAUAUAUUCCAAAUGUGUCUAGGUGAACAUGCUAGGUUUCAGGUUCUGACACACUUAAUACCAAGUCCACCUUUGUUUUUGGAACUGUAACCUUUUCGAGAUCUUGCAAGCCGUAAACCGCCUUAGAUCCCACCUUCAUCUCGAAAAAAUGUCGUUUGCUACUCCAAACGAGCUUUUUUCCGAUUUCGUCUAACUUUGGGCAGCCAUAACUUUGUGCUCCAAAAUUCGAACGUCGUAAAAAAAAUCAUUUCGCAUAACUUUUUGAGGACUACAACUUUUACCAUAGACAUAAUUUCGGAUUGUACGUGGAUUUGUGAAAAGGGAAGGUAAGUUAUUCCCAAAACUCUGUAUAUCCAAAAAUAAUUCAAGUUUUGAAAAUUCAUUCCUAGUAAAAAUUGUAGUCCUUAAAUAUUUAUGCAAAAUGAAAAAAAAUUCAUUACGAUCGGAUUUUGGAGCACAAAGUUAUGGUUGUGAAAGUUAUUGAAGAUUUUUAGCGUUCAAGAAAUAAAAAUUUGUCAAUAUAUUAUUGUUUCAAAAGAAGAGUUGUAGUUUGGUGGUGUAGAUGUUGUGUUAAAUUUAGUUAACUAUUUAUUAUAUCUGGGUUUGAACCACCAUACACACAACUUGCUGCUUUUUUAAUCUCUACUAAAUAAAAAGAUCUAAUAUGGUUGUUCGGAUUUUGGAGCACAAAGUUAUGGUUGUUCAAAGUUAUUGAAGACUUUUAGCGUUCAAGAAAUAAAACUUUGUCAAUAUAUUAUUGUUUCAAAAGAAGAGUUGUAGUUUGGUGGUGUAGAUGUUGUGCUAAAUUUAGUUAACUAUUUAUUAUAUCUAGGUUUGAACCACCAUCCACACAACUUGUGGCUUUUUUAAUCUCUACUGAAUAAAAAGACCUAAUAUGG